AUGAGUUCGCUUCAGCUGGUGAUCGUUGUUCUCCUCGUGGCUCUGAUUAAAUCGGGUCUUGGCCAGUUGCCCCGGAAUGGCUGCUCUCCGCGAUUCGAGUACCAGGGCUAUAAUGGACAGUACAUUGGCAUAGUGACAGUGCGCCAUCCCUUGGUCACCGACCAUUCACUGAUCCUUGAGUUCUCCCAGCCGGGAUACCACCAAUUCACGGACUAUGUGGGCAGAGUUUCUCUGGUUGAGGAUGAUACCACGACCCAAGAAAAUCUGCGUCAGGGUAAUCCGAUCCAAUAUCGCGUGGAUUUUCCGAUUCCAACAGUGCCGCCCAAAAUCACCAAUAUGGUAUUGAACAACAAAGAACUUUGCGGAGGAUCAGUAUAUCCCAAGCCAAGAACUGCUAUUACUUUGACUAUUACCUGGACCACCUCCCACUCUUCGGUCUAUGGGGCUGUUCCUCAACCUGUGUCACCUUCUCCGAUUUGGCAACAAGCAGAAGAGCCACAGAAUGCAACUAAUAACUAUAGGCAGAACUUUCCCAACCAGCCAAGGCUUACGGAGAAUAAUGUGGAUAUUGAUUGGGGUAAUGGCUCGUUUUCGAAUUCUGAAAUUGGUACUCAGCCUCAGACGAAUCGUAGAGUUAAUCAGCCGGCGAAAACGAACCGUGAUCGGAAUACAGCCACCCAACAGUCUUCAGUAAAUGCUAACCGGGCCACUGUUCCUCAACAGUCUUCAGUAAAUGCUAACCGGGUGACUCUACCUCAACAGUCAAAUUUCGCUCGAAAUUCUGUCCCCCAACAGACAGGUUCUUCUAAUGGAAUUCCCUGCGGAAGGGAGAGAGCCAGCAUAACCCCUUUUAUCUUCCAUGGAACGAGUUUGCAACGCGGUCAGCUUCCAUGGUUGGUGGCCAUCUUCGAGAGGCGGGAAAGCAAUGGACCGGCUUUCAUCUGCGGAGGUUCCCUGAUCUCGACAUCCACUGUCCUGUCAGCUGCCCACUGCUUUCGAUUUCCUGGCCGGAACUUGCCAGCCAGUCGAACAGCCGUCUCCUUGGGAAGGAAUAGCCUGGCCAUCCACUCGCCGGGAGAAUUUCGAGGGGUGUCCGAGUUAAUCAUCCACAACAACUAUCAGAUUAAGCAGUUUACGGAGGCCGAUUUGGCGCUAGUUAGAUUGGAUCUACCUGUGAGAUACAAUGACUACAUAGUACCCAUUUGCCUGUGGAGCACCACGAAUCGGUUGGACCUGCCGCAAGGACUCAAGAGCUAUGUGGCAGGUUGGGGACCCGAUGAGACCGGCACCGGCAACUCAGAUGUGUCCAAGAUCACCGACAUGAACAUCGUGACCGAGUCGAACUGCGGCCAGGAGCUGCCCCACGUCCUGGUGCAGCCGAGCACCCUGUGUGCCAAGAAAACAGGCGCAGGUCCCUGUGCCAGCGAUGGAGGAGGACCUCUGAUGCUGCGGGAACAGGAGGUGUGGGUGCUGCGGGGAGUCAUCUCCGGGGGAGUGAUCAACGAGAAGGAGAACACCUGCGAGCUGUCCAAGCCAUCCGUGUUCACCGAUGUGGCAAAGCAUAUCGACUGGGUGCGCCAACACAUGUGGAACUAAGUGAAGUGAUCAGCUUGCCAAAGACAUUGCCUAUAGAUUUCCCUGUAAUUACAUUCACUUCAGACACGUAACUGGAAGAUCCAAGAGCUGCAUUAUUAUAUCUUAAUAAGCUUCUUAACGCCAAGUCAUUCUAAUUGGAUUCAUUAAUCAUCUAAGAAAAUAAAGUAGCAAAGCACAUCUUGUAUACACUGCAAA